AAAAAACAAAAAACAACAACAAUACCUACAACGAGUAAACGGUGGAAUUGUCAACAAAUGAGCUCCUAUUUUGUGAACUCAUUCUGCGGUCGCUAUCCCAAUGGCGCGGACUUCCAGUUACAUAAUUAUGGAGACCAUAGUACGGCAAACGAGCAAUACAGAGACUCAACAGCCAUGCAUUCCAGCAGGUACGGCUAUGGCUACAACGGGAUGGACCUAACAGUCGCGCGGGCCGGUACCGGACACUUUGUGGGCAGCGAGCGGACACCGGGCUACUCCCCGAGUCACUCAGCGGCGACAACACCCUCGGUGGAGCCGGUCAGGUACACCCAGUCCGCCAGCAGCACCGGGACUUCGUCUCUAUCGCCACCACCUGACCCUCUACCGUGCUCCUCGGUCGCCAGCUCGUCCCCGGUCACCGAGACUCACUCUCAACAAAGAGCCGUGAAAAACUCCAUAACGACCCCGUGCUCGAGCUCGAACGGGGGCACGCUGCUUCUCAGCCGGGACUGUGUGUCCAAAGCUUCCCCCCUGGAGGAAGAGAAGCCUGCGGGAAGUGCACCGACAACUCCUCAAAAUGUCACCGACUCAACACAGCCUCAGAUAUAUCCGUGGAUGAGAAAACUACACAUAAGUCAUGAUUUGUCAGGACCAGAGGGGAAGAGAGCCAGGACUGCAUACACUCGGUACCAGACCCUGGAGCUGGAGAAGGAGUUCCACUUCAACCGCUACCUGACCCGCAGGCGGAGGAUCGAGAUAGCCCAUGCCCUCUGCCUCUCAGAGAGACAGAUCAAAAUCUGGUUUCAGAACCGCAGGAUGAAGUGGAAGAAAGACAACAAGCUGAAGAGCAUGAGCAUGGCGGCUGCAGGCGGAGGAGGCUACAGGCCUUGAUAUUCACUCCUCCAGCCCUGAUAACGAGCACUAUAAAACAAAAAAAACAAAAAAACAGCAAAAACAAAGAUUGUCAUAUCAACUUCUCCUCCUCCUAUUUCAAAAAGCGCAGAGACUCGUGAACGGGCUGUGUGCGGGACAGGGGACACCCCAUGUAGCCCACUGUAUGUCAAACGACUGUCCCCAUUAUAUUCCAUAAUAUUAUUUCCUUUUUAUUUCCACCGUGGUAAUGCUUAUGUGAGUAAAAAAAAAAACAAAAAUGCAUUAUGUACAGUUCUGUCUAGAUU